AUGGCCUCUCCCACUCUAUUUUCCGUUGCUGGCAAGAAUGUUUUGAUUACAGGUGGAUCUCGUGGAAUUGGUGCCAUGAUUGCCAAGGGCUUUCAAGAGGCGGGCGCCAAUGUGCUACUCACGUCCCGCAGCGAAGAAGCCAGUCGGGAAACCUCUGCAGCAAUCCCGGGAAGUCGUUAUGUGGCGUCCAAUGUCAGCUCCAGAGAAGGAUGCGAAGCCUUGGCCGAACAAGUCGCCCAAAUGUUUGAUAAUCGACUGGAUGUUCUCAUUAAUAAUGCCGGGACUAGUUGGGGAGAACCAUUGGAACGGAAAUCGGGAAAAGCCAAUUGGGGAUUUGACAAAGUCUUUGAUUUGAACGUCAAGGGUGUCUUUUAUUUGACAAGAGCUUGUUUGCCCCUUUUGGAAAAUGGGGCCACUUCAGAAGAUCCAUCCAGGAUCAUUAACAUUGGCAGUGUGGUGGGCUUGAUGCCACAAGAGGCACCGACGCAUGCCUAUGAUGCCUCCAAGGCGGCAGUUCAUAACUUGACCAAGAAAUUUGCAGCAGAUUUGGCGCCAAAACAUAUUACUGUAAACUGUGUGGCACCAGGAUUUGUUCCAUCAAGAAUGUCGGCUGGACUUGGUACAUGGGGUGGCAAACCAGAAGACAUUGCCAACGCCACACCUUUGGGAAGAAUGGGCAAUGCAGAUGACAUGGCGGGUGCCUGCAUUUACUUUUCUUCUAGAGCAGGAUCAUGGUGUACAGGUGUCAUUCUCAAUGUGGAUGGUGGCGCGGCAGGAGCCAUGCAGAUACCGUUGUCGAGUCUCUAA